AUGCAAACCCCAGAAUAAAUCAAAGUGGAAUCAAAAACCUGGAAAACCAUCUAUCCCCCUUACAUUGAUUCAACAUUAACUACAGCAUAAGGCAGAAGAUUAGGAAAAUCGAAUUGUGUUCCUUAUCCCUAAUUGAUGGAGAUCUCUUAAUGUCUGAGCUCACUUGGACUGAGACAUGUGAUUGAUUAACAUGCAGGAUUUCCUAAGGAUAUCUUCAAAUAAGGUAGAAUUAAGGUUCGUCUCUAUGCAGAGGACAAAAAGCCAUACAACCCAUAAAUCAAAUGCAAACAUACUCUAUUAUAAACCAUUGCAAAACUGAUUAAAUCAAUACCAAACAGAAAAGUCGAAGUUCCUCCCUACAUUGCAUAAAUGGAAAUUGAAAAGCAGAAUAAACCCCCUUAAAAAAAGCAAACAUCAACUAAAAAAAAGCAUAAAAAUGGAUGAGAUUGAGUUCAAGAUUAUUAUAUAUUUUUAAGAAAUUCAAUUA